AGUAUUUGAGAAUUACUUGAUCAGGGGAUGAAUUCCAGCUCACCAGCAACCAGUGCCCUUGCUCCUAUAAGCAACGCUGGAGGUCCCACAACACCUCGUAAGGGACCACCGAAAUUUAAGCAAAGGCAGACACGUCAAUUUAAGAGCAAACCACCAAAGAAAGGAGUGAAAGGGUUUGGUGAUGACAUUCCUGGGAUGGAGGGUCUUGGAACCGAUAUCACUGUCAUUUGCCCUUGGGAGGCAUUCAGUCACCUUGAAUUACAUGAACUGGCUCAGUUUGGAAUCAUCUGA